AUGAAACGUGCAGCUCAAAUAGUUUCGAAGAGCGAUACUCUGACUGACAUAGAAGAUUUGAGAAAGGAACAGGUGGUAUAUAUAAAAGAAAUGAGGAAAGCUGAGGAUGCUCCUGUGGAUAUCUUGGGAUGUCAUAAGUUGGCCGAUCCUUUGGCUGCUCCCGAGGUCUACCGAUUUCAAGUUCUUCUGUCAUUGAUGCUUUCAAGUCAGACUAAAGAUCAAGUCACAGCAGCAGCUAUUAUGCGCCUACGUGAGUACGGAUGUGAUGCUGACUCAAUGAUCAAAAUUCCUCGCCCCGAGUUGGAGAAGCUUCUCUUUCCGGUUGGAUUCUACAAGAGAAAAGCUGAGUAUGUUCAAAAAGCUGCUCAAAGUAUCAAAGAUAAUUUCAAAGGUGAUAUUCCCAAAACGUUAGAAGAUAAGUCUUUACUGUGUUCCUUAGCCGGCGUUGGACCGAAGAUGGGUCAUUUGGUGAUGCAAGUAGCUUGGGGGAAAGUUGAAGGAAUUGCUGUUGAUACUCAUGUACAUAGAAUAGUCAAUCGCUUGGGCUGGAUGGUCACUAGUACCCCUGAAGAAACGAGGGUUAAGUUACAGAAUUUGUUACCAAGAGAAGAAUGGGAUAAAAUUAAUCCUUUACUUGUUGGGUUCGGUCAACAGAUUUGUUUGCCCGUAAAACCGCAUUGUGAUACUUGUCUUUGCAAUCAUAUAUGUCCUUCAUCUACAUAUAAGAAAAAGGUGAACGCGAAGGAACCGAAAGCCGAGUCUCCUCAAGUUAAAACUGAAGAGCCCAACCAGUCCCCAAAGCUUGAAAAGACAAUUUCUGUACCUCAUGAAGAUUUGAAACUGGAAGUCCCUGUGACUGAAGAAGCACCCAAGAAGCGUUCUACAUAUAAGAAAAAGGUGAACACGAAGGAACCGAAAGCCGAGUCUCCUCAAGUUAAAACUGAAGAGCCCACGCAGUCCCCAAAGCUUGAAGACACAACUUCUGUGUCUCAAGAAGAUUCGAAACUGGAGGUCCCUGUGACUGAAGAAGCACCUAAGAAGCGUUCAAAUCGUCGAAAGAAAUGA